AUGAUUGGUAUCCAAAGAAAAAUUGUUUUACUUUGCUUGAUCUUAAGUAUCUCAAUGAUACCAAUGAUGUGUGAAAUUGUAGAAGAUGCAGAAGGGGCUGUAGAGUUCUCGAUGUGUAGAAAAUCACGUACCUCUCUUGAACAAGAUGAUGGUGGCAGAAACGCUCGUGGUGAGGAGGAUUUCUGUACCUCAUAUUCAUGUGAGACUUCCGUUAAAUGUGAAAUGGCAGGUUGUGGUAUUUGUGGUAGUAAUAAUUAUUGUCUGAACUAG